GACCUUACUGUGGCCACUCUGGCUACAUCCAGUUGUGCCAGGAAAAAUAUCAUUGAAUAUGUCGAUCUAUAACGAAAUGGUUCUUCCAUUCUUGGACGUAUCAUUGCAGACUACUCCUUGCCCGUCAAAGUUGCAAGAGUUCCUUGUGCAUAUGGACAUUGUGAACAGGAGCAACUCAAAGAAUGAACCCAAACUCAAGCAGGAAACUAUUUACCACUCAAGUUCUGGCUGCCCCCGUCAAUUGUUAGCAGUUGGUCAAGGGCUAUCACAAUUUUUUAAGCUUGUGGAAGUUAAUAAGACAUCCUGUUUGAAAGGUGCACUUGAGUGGCAAAGCAGCUUAAGCCUGGAUGUCUCAAGCAUUAACAAAUCAGAAAUUGAUAUGUCUAGCAUGCCUCUUUCAGAAUUCCAUAUCCAAGAAAUAUGGCAUCAAGAGAUACAGUCGGCUCAGGAACAAGGAAGAACAGUUGAUUUAGUUCUGAUCUCUCAAUGGGAAAACACCAGCCCUGAGCCAGAGCAGCAGUCAGGUUCACAACAGCUUUUUGUCCAUUAUUUAUGUCACUGCAGGACAAGGAAGAACAGUCGAUUUAGUUCUGAUCUCUCAAUGGGAAAAAACCAGGCCUGAGCCAGAGCAGCAGUCAGAUUCACAACAGCUUUUUGUCCAUUAUUUAUGUCACUGCAGGUAAUCUCACCGAAAUAUUCAAACUUCAAUUAUUUGAUAUAAGUGGAAGAAGGCGCAAUGGGUUUUGAAAUAUCUGCCGAAUAGUACUACAAGGCAAUCUUCUUUUAGGCGUUCUUUGGUCACCAUCAUUUUGGGCUCUACAGAUCUUUCCCUUUUGUUCUUUGGGGAAUUGAAUGAGUCCUCUAUGGAUGGAACUGGGGUUAAUCAAAACGUAAUUUCAGAGAAACCAAAGGAAGAGACUAGAGAAGGGGAAAAAAGAAUAAGAUUAGAGACAACAGAGCACAGGAAGAUCGUGGAAAUUGGAAUGAGAUCGUACAAACUGUCUAGAGAGAGAAUGGAGUUUUGUUUAAUGAGAGAGAGUGACGUAAUUUAUUACAUUAUUAUAUAGAGAGAAUGUGGGGGGUUGCGUUUAUUUUUUUAAAAACAGAGACGGUUUAUGUUCGUUUCCUCGGACAAGGAGCAGUUGCUGUUCAAACAACGGUUUUUGUUCAUCUACUCCCUCAGUUACUCUGCAUCUACUCCCUCAG